UCAUUGCGACUCCACCAGAAGCGCUUAUUGCCCGUGACCACACAGACUACUGGUCCGCGCGGAGGUUUCGGGCAGCGGCGCACUGACGUCAUCGCGUCGACUGGCGUUUAGGAAUAUUGGGGGAAAAGGGAGGGGGGUCGAGAGGAACGACAGUGAGGGCGAGCGAUGUGGCUGCGAAAAAGGCUGCUUGUGUGCGACUCAUAAAUGACGCGUUUCCCUCUUCGUCCAUGACUCCGAAGCGAUUUCGCGUUCUAUAUGAGGAGUCGUAGCAAGGGCGCUUUCGACUCGGGAAGGUAGCGAAGGCAGUAAAAGGCGGUGGGGGGCUGCUGUUCGGUUAAGAGAAGGAAAACAACAUGGCCGCCGUGGAGCUUGAGUGGAUCCCGGAGACUCUCUACAACACCGCUAUAUCGGCCGUGGUGGACAAUUACGGCCGAUCGCGAAGGGACAUCCGCUCCCUCCCGGAAAACAUACAGUUCGAUGUGUACUAUAAGCUGUACCAGCAGGGCAGGCUUUGCCAACUCGGAGGGGAGUUCUGUGAACUGGAGGUGUUCGCGAAGGUCCUCCGGGCAUCGGAUAAAAGGCAUCUCCUGCACCACUGUUUCCAGGCCCUCAUGGACCACGGAGUAAAGGUGGCCUCGGUACUGGCUAACUCUUUUAGCCGCCGCUGCUCCUAUAUCUCGGAGUCCGAUGCACAUGUCAAGGAGAAGGCCAUUCAGUUUGGCUUUGUUUUAGGUGGCUUCCUGUCAGACGCGGGCUGGUAUGGUGACGCCGAGCGAGUGUUCCUAUCCUGCCUGCAGCUCUGCACCCUGCACGAUGAAGUCUUGCACUGGUACCGGGCCGUGGAAUGCUGCGUGAGGUUACUGCAUGUGCGCAACGGCAACUGCAGGUACCACCUGGGGGAGGAGACCUUCAAGCUGGCCCAGUCUUAUAUGGACAAGCUGGCAAAGCAUGGGCACCAGGCCAACAAGGCCGCGCUUUAUGGGGAGCUCUGUGCCCUGCUCUUCGCAAAGAGCCACUACGACGAGGCGUAUCGGUGGUGUAUAGAUGCCAUGCGGGAGAUCACGGUCGGCCUUCCUGUCAAAGUGGUGGUGGACGUCCUGAGACAAGCAUCUAAGGCCUGCGUGGUGAAGCGAGAAUUCAGGAAAGCGGAACAGCUGAUAAAACACGCCGUGUUUCUUGCGCGGGAGCACUUUGGGAACAAACACCCAAAGUAUUCGGACACUCUGCUAGAUUAUGGCUUUUACUUGUUAAACGUAGAUAACAUCUGUCAGUCUGUGGCGAUCUAUCAGACGGCUCUAGAUAUCCGGCAGUCUGUGUUUGGGGGGAAGAACAUCCACGUAGCAACUGCACACGAAGACCUAGCGUACUCCUCUUAUGUGCACCAGUACAGCUCUGGUAAAUUCGACAAUGCACUAUUCCACGCAGAGCGUGCCAUAGACAUCAUCACUCACAUCCUGCCCGAAGACCAUCUGCUGCUCGCAUCGUCCAAAAGGGUGAAAGCCCUGAUCCUCGAAGAGAUCGCCAUCGACUGUCACAACAAGGAGACUGAAGAACGGCUUCUCCAGGAGGCCCAUGACCUGCACCUCUCCUCCCUGCAGCUGGCCAAAAAGGCUUUCGGGGAGUUCAAUGUCCAGACGGCCAAGCACUACGGCAACCUGGGCCGCCUCUACCAGUCCAUGCGCAAGUUUAAGGAAGCGGAGGAGAUGCACAUCAAGGCCAUCCAGAUCAAGGAGCAGCUGCUGGGCCAGGAGGACUACGAGGUGGCACUGUCCGUGGGCCACCUGGCAUCCCUCUACAACUACGACAUGAACCAGUACGAGGACGCCGAGAAGCUGUACCUGCGCUCGAUCGCCAUCGGCAAGAAGCUGUUCGGCGAGGGUUACAGCGGCCUGGAAUAUGACUACAGGGGCCUGAUUAAGCUCUACAAUUCGGUGGGCAACUAUGAGAAGGUUUUUGAGUAUCACAACGUCCUGUCCAACUGGAACCGGCUGCGGGACCGGCAGUUUGCGGUGGCGGACGCCCUGGAGGACGUGAACACCAGCCCACAGGCCACACAGGAGGUGGUACAGGCUUUCUUGCUGUCCCAGAGUCACGGGGCCGGCCGGCCCUGCCUUGGAUAACCUCUGUGCGUCUGCAUGCGGAUUCACACGGUCACACACACAGACACACACACGCGCACACACACAUGCACUCAACACCUGGUACACAGAUCUGUGUACGUGGAUAUAUGGAUGGACCCGAACCAGGGAUUAAACUGCCCACAGCGCCACCUAGGGUUGGGACUGCCGAAGGACAGCAGGUUUGGAGGGGUGCCCUGGGCUGUGUAGUAAAUGCUGCCCUGGCAUCUCACCCUCUCACCAGCAGCUGCCUCUGCCCAACCCCUAGCCCCCCACCCCAGCCACCUAGGCACGCUAACUGGGGACCGAAGAGACACACCAAGGAGCCAAGCAUCUCGCCAUCGUCUGGACCGUUGCUGCGUGCAGCUUUACGGGAGCCCGGAUCCAGAAACAUGUCCGAGCUCCACAAAGUCCUUCAGUUCUCAGAAAUGUAUGAUAACCUCUGUGGGAUUUAAUUUUUUUUUUUUCUUCACAACAGUAGUUUUCAUUUGCCACAGGAAUUCACUGUGCCCCCACCCUCCGCCAUCUCGCUUACAAUGGAUUGAGUUAUUUACAGUGGAUGGGUUGCAGCCCCUCUCCCAGGCCUGGUCGAGCUCUCUGGCCUCAGGAAGUAGGCGGCUGGGUGGAGCUGCUGAGUGUCCCCCACUGGCUGAUCCCUCUGUCCCAGCAGACAGAACGUGCACACGCUCCCAAAGCCGUGUGAGUUUCUCAUUGUAGUACACGAAACGCAUGCUUUUGGAGAACUGCAGUACGUUUUCUUAAACCACCCUAGAUCCUGCAGUAAACUUCUUCUUUAAAGGACUUCCUUUGUCCUUCGAAAGUAAUAGAAAAUUAUUGGAUCGGACAAGUAGAAAACGGACCAAUUUCUUACCUCUUCAAAGGUCAGAAGUUCAUAAUUUGAACUGAACAUGGAGAAAAACCUUAUAGCAGACGUCUUUCCCGUAGAGAACGGUCACACCCUAAACAUCUUCAGAUACAAGUGUGAUAUGGUGCAUUGCUGACAGUAUUAGGCAUGUUCUGCGAGGGAAUGUCCUUGGAGUGGUGUGGUCCUGACAGUUAACCCAAGUUCACCCCCAUUCUCCAUUUGGCUACGUUGGCUAAAAGUUUGAUUGGGUCAAGAGCUCUGUCCAUCGCAUUAGUGUGUGUCCACGUGUCCUUGCUGGAGGCAGAGCCAGCUUGUGUCCUCCUGUCUUUUUUUUUUCUUCUCCUAGUGCCUGCUUACCCACCUGGCCUGGUUUGGAAGCAUGUAUUUGAGCAGGUCACCCUCACUGUAGUACUUGGAGGGCCUGGCCAGUGUCGCUGACUGGGAUUCUGGGGUUACCUGGAUCCACUUACAGAUACACAUUUGAUUUCUCUGGUAUGGAGAUCCUGAGAGGGCGGGCUCUUGGAAUGGUGAUUUGGAAACUCGUUUCCAAAUUUGGAACAUUCCAUAUGUUUAGCUGGCAUAAAUGCCCUGUUUUUGCCACAGAUUACUCCCUCCUCACUUCUACUGGAGCAGCCUAUUGUGUUUUUGUAGCCUAAGCAGCUCAGGCUUGUGCAGGCUUCAGCGCACUGAGGUUAGCUGUCAAUCCUGGUGGUUGUUACGGACUUAAGUUUUUGUCAUCGGUGGUCUUUUUGCAAGUGUAGUUAUAGGCCCGUAUUUGGCUGCCGUCCAGGCCUGAGGCCUUAAACAGACACACGGACUUGGUGCUCUGGUUCUGUCCAGUAUUCGCUGAUCAUCUGAGCCGCCCAACUGCAGGCAGGCAGGUCCCGAAAGAGAGCCCAGUCUCGAAAGAGAGCCCAGUCCCGCCCAGGUAGCCCAAGGCUGCCGCACACCACAGAUGCCGUUUCUGGCUGCUCGACCUGCAUGGGGUGACUUGCUGAAGACUAAUAACAUUUGUGUUAGGAACAUUAAAUGAGAAGGGUAGGAUGUGUCCCUGUGGUCCUCGCUCUAGUUGUCAUGUUUUCUCCAUACAGAAUGAGGGGUUGACAGGGUCAUUGGGUAAAACCCUUGCAAUAGAAGCAUGAAGGUACAUUUCUGUUUAUCCAACUGUCAGAUGGAACUUGAGUUGGAUAUUUAUACGCGAGCACACACUGCUUUCAUUUCUUCCCCUCCUGAAAUCUUAUGUUGUCAAGUUCCUGAUGAUUAUUGCACGCUACACUGCAGUGGUCUUGCUGGUUUUCAUUUAUCGUCAUGUUCAGUCGCCAUAUUGGCCACGUUCUUUCACCUCAUUCACUCGUCUAGCAGUAGCAAACUUUGAAGGUUCAGAGGCAGUAUUUCUUGGAAAGAAGGUGCAUUAUAAAACCUCUGCAAUUACGUAUUGCAUUGCAGCAUUUUUACAUGAGCUAUUUAUUACAGUGCGAGUAACGUUACUUCGGUUGGGUCCCAGUGAAUGUUAAAUUAAGGGUGUGUAUUCUCCUGAAGUGGUAUUCUUUAAAUGUUGUACUUAGUUGAAAUGUGGAUGGAGUAUAUUUGUGUGUGCGUGUGUGCGUGCUUCUGUUACUGCUGCGUCAUUCAAAUUGGAUAGUAAAAGCAAUGGGGUGACACGUCGGGGGGGUGGGGGGGGGUCAAGAUUGAAGGACAUUACAUAGUCACGUGUAAGCAGUCACUCCUCUGUCAGGUGUGUAAAACACAGCGAAGUUUGGUGGAGGUCAGACUGUGUGAAAUGGCCCUACAUGAGUCUAAUUCAUUGACACUCUCUCAGCCUGAUACAGGGGGGAUCUUGUCCUUUUUUUUGUUCUUAUUUGUUCCUAUUUUAUUGCCAGUUUGGUGUAUUUUAGGUGAAGAAGUACAGCUGACGUUGUGCAGUGUAGGUGUUGUGCCCGAACUGGUGGUCAAUGUCAAGGUCAAACUUGUCGCCCCUAGAUGUGUGACCUUUGUGAGCGCAUGUCAUAUAUGAGGAAAUUGUAAUUGAUGAGUUUCGAAGACUAAAUGCAAAAGCACAACCCAGCAGUGAAAAGCUAACUCCUGGUUCUCUCCAUAACAUGGAGGAACAAGUGGAAAUGCAGAGGGAAUUCCUAAAUGUGCCUCUCGAAAUUGGGGGGGGGACAUUAAGAUCCGUGGCCUCUCGACCUUCGUCAUGGACAGUUGUUCGGUUUUCAUCUAACUCGGCGGGAGGCCGUGGAGGGAAGCUGCGGCUUGAGCGAAUGAGGCGCUGAGCAUGUAGCCGGCCUGUUAUACCUGUGGGCGGGGCUCAGUUAAAGGCACCGCACCUUCAGCUCCCGGGAGAGCAAGCUGGGCGUUUGAAUGUACAGGUCGCCAUCACACAAACCCCCUGGCUCUUUGGGAGGGCAGAUUCCAGUAAUGCAGGCUUUGUUGUUGUUUACUGAUACUCAUGUUUUUUUUUGUUUUUUUUUUUUUAAUUUUAUUUUUUUGAGUCUUCUGCCUCGCUCCUUUUUGUUUGUGGCUGCAAUGUGAAGCUCACAGAGGAGGGUGGGGGGGUUAAGUAUCCUGACAAGUCAUUUUAAAAGUUAUCCUGCUUAUAUAUUACGUGAAUGGGAGGAAAAAAAGUGCUUGAAAAUACUAAUUUGAUUCCAUGAUGCUACUACUAUUUUUGUAUUUUUCAUCGACCGUCUAGCAGUGAGAUUUUAGGCUUUUCGUGCUUCAACUGAGAAGAUGAAGGAACCAGUACAGAUCAUUAGGAACCGUCAAACACAUCCACGUCCGCUCCGAGAACCUGAUCUGUAGUGCCACAGCAAGCUUGUGUAUAGAUAGACCUUGCUACCUUUUAAACUGAAUAUUUGGUUUUUUGUGUACAAAUAAAGUACAAAUUGCAACAAAACUUUGACUGUACAAUAGUCGGCAAUGCCCAACAUCAUGUAACCAUCAAAUCAUAUUAAACAUUUGUAUCCAACAUUGUGAAUUUCUGUAACUACUGCUUAAAGGAAAAAAAAACUGCUAAAUAUAGUGUUGAUGCAGUUUUGUA